CCGGAUAUGACGCCAUCUGUUUUGGGGCGGAGCUUAUCGGCAGAGGAGAGGCCAUCACAGCGUAGCAAUCGUUACCUGCAAACAUUUAGAACGAUAGUUUUCCAUCACUGCUGUUAUGGUUUAACCAACAACCACAUUUCCUAUCCCCACCAGAGGAGUUAAACUGUAUUUCACCGACUGAGCAGCCAGCGAGCCACUGACCGCGGGAACAAUGUCCAGCCGUCUGGCCUUCCAGACCCAGCUGGCCUCCAUCAUGGAAGUCCUGGCUAACGCUGCCGUGGCGGAGAUCUGUAAGCUGGUUGACGAUGAUUAUGCCGUGGUUAGUUUGCAGAUGUCCCAAUGUCAUAGAGAGAACAAAUCCCUGAAGAGGAAACUGCACCUACUUGAACUGAAGAUGGCGAGAGGGAACGCCGAGCGGAGGCUCCGAGAGAGCUCCACGAACAGUACCCGACCGAGGGUGCAGAUAAACUGCGGCGACAGGCGCCGGGAGUCCUCACCGUCCACCGGUGGAGUGUUUGAGCGGCAGAUGGAUAUCACUCUGUGGUCUGACAGAACUGCUACACGCCAGGCAAACCCUUCUGGCAACAUCCAAAGUAUGUCUCCAGAUGUGGAACUGGUGGAGCCAGAUGCAAUGCUGGUAAAGGAAGAGAAGGUGGAAGCAAAAAUGUCUUGCAAUGAAGAAACGGUGGACGUGCCACUUAUAGGAGAUGAUGGAGUGCUGAAAUGUGUCCAUCGUGGAGUUUCUGGAGAGAGACUGAGGCUUGAAGAGCAGGAUACCCAGAUCCAAAUCAGCAGGACCAGGCCUACAGGCAGAAACUGCAACAACAGCAGAGGAGUGGAGAAGGAUGAUGAGCCAGAUGUGGUGCUGGUGAAGGUAGAGGAAGUGGAGCCGCUGUCGGAAUCUCAGAACCGAACAGACCUCCGCAUACAGGAGGGGUUGGUGGAGUCAAGCACAGAUGACUACAGAGGAGGGUUGCCAUUUGAUGACACCACGCAAGCCUCCACCAAUCAGCUUUUAGGCCUGCAGGAGUCUGAGGGGGGCUUCUCAGAGUCUGCAGAGCCUCAGUCGACCCCCAUGAUAUCAGAAGAUUCCAGCAGUAAAGUGGCAGUCAAACACCGGGUACCAGACACCAAGACGUCAGCUAACCCCAACGCACAACCACCAGCAGCGCAGAGAUCAAGUAACAGCCUCUCGCUAAGCUCUGAGUCCUCUCUGUUUGAAAUCGAGACAUUCUUCACCCGCAGGGCUCCUGAUCAUGACUCUGUGUCCACCCCCGGUGGCCCCUCAUGUUCUUUCAGCAUUGAUGACUCAGUAGAGUUCGACACAGAGGGAGUAACUAUUGUAGAGGCUGAGCCAUCAGUCUCCUUAGCAGUGAGGAUUAGUGGAGGGCAGAGUUUGUCCCCUGCAGCUGGAUGCUCUACAGUUCACAUCCAGCCCCCUGGGUCACAAGCAGGGACUUCUGUGUCUGUACCUCAGAGGAUCCAGGUUCCAUCUUCCCAGCAUCCAUGGAGCAGAACACCAGCCAUGAUUAAAAGUGUACAGUCAGUGAAACAACAGCAACUUAACAAUCCCUCUGCACAGACCACAUUGUACUCCAGCACAGCUGCUGCCGCUAACAGUAACAGUGGUGAUAAAACAAGUGUCUCUGGUAUCACCUCAACCUGCAGGAUAAUGAGCUCCACUGUGGCUCCACAGUCAGCUUUAGCUCUCAGGGGAUCCCCAGCACUGUUGGCAAGCAUUGAUUUAGCAAUUGCUGCACAGCAACGAGCCAGCCUCCUGGGUCACCUCAGUAAAAGCCAGCCUGCCAGUAUUGCCUCCGGCGAGCACCGCAGGAAAGGCUAUGUAUGCCAAGUCUGUGGUAAGUCCUUCUCCGGCUUGUCCAACCUGGAGGCCCACGAGAGAGUCCAUACGGGGGAAAAACCUUUCCGCUGCGACACCUGUGGGAAAUACUUCUCAGAGGCAGGGAACCUGAAAAAGCACCAGAGGGUUCACACCGGGGAGAAACCCUUUAGCUGCGAGAAGUGUGGGAAGAGUUUUGCCUGGAUCUGCAAUCUGCGGACGCACCAGCAGUCUGCCACAGGCUGCGGAUCACAGCUCAGUUGAGCAUAAGGACUGGGCUGAUUUCACACACUCUGCUGAUUUUAGUAGUAUAUCACUCACACACUAACACACACCUUGUAUAUCUAUCUUAGUGAAGACACCCAUUGGCAUAAUCCAUUACCCUGGACGGCGUGUAAACUGAGAAAUGCAAUACAGUGGGCCAUAGUCUAUUACAUUACAUUGCAUUUAGCUGACGCUUUUAUCCAAAGCGACUUACAAUAGGUGCAUUCAACCCCGAGGGUACACACCAAGAACAACAAGAAUCAAGAAAGUACAAUUUCUUCAAAAAUAAAGCAAAACCAAGUGCUAUAAGUAAGGGCCAUUUAAGUUCUACUAAAUUGUUAGUUUAAAAAAUUGUUAGUUUUCUUUUCUUUUUUUUUAAUAAUUUUUUUUGUAGACUUUGAUGCGGGCCACUUAAAAUGGAUGGCGGGCCGCAGUUGGCCCGCUGGCUGUAGUUUGGAUAACCCUGCUCUAAGGUCUCCGCUCAAAAUGGUCCUCACGGAGAUAUCUGUACAGGUACACACCCACAGAUACCUGGCCUUUCUUCAGUGUGAAACAGUGGCACAGCAGCAAUAUGUGAAAACGUCUAAUGUUAUGUGUCUUGACCAAAGUAGGUUUUGUUAUUUUUAGAGUCAUGUUGGUUAAGUUGUUUUGGAUUUGUGAGUUGUUCCAGGCACUCACUGCUUCUUUAAUUCAGCUUGAUUUGAAAGUCAGCAUAUGGAAGAAAAUGGACCUCAGACUGUGGUUGUUGCCCGGUCUUCCUCCAACCUGUUCUUGGGUUGUUCUCAGAAACACAAUUCACACUUAAGUGAAACCACAGUUAAUUGCAGGACGUUAAUGCAGAGGUGUGUGAUAACAUUACAUUACAAUACAUGUAAUUUAUCUGACACUUUUAUUCAAAGCGACUUUCGAUUAGUGCAUUUAACAUCUAUGUGGGGCAAUUCAUGGGAUCAGGACACCUGCCCAAGGACACUUCGGCAUGGAUCUGAGCCGCUGACCUACUGUUUGGAGGAUGACUGCUCUAUGCUGUCAGCCACAGCUGCCCCAGCUGCCCAUGAUAACAACCAUGUUCAGCCUGUUUGACAAAGGAUUGAAUGGAAACAAAUGUUCUGCAUGUGUGGUUUAAACUGUAUGAAGACUUUUAACGGUACCAGCUUAAGCCAAAAUCUUGUAAUUGUUAAUAUUGAAAUAAAAUUAAAAAUAACAGUCCAAAUUUCCGAUAAUACAUUUUGUUUCUCAAGUGCAACAACCAGUCCUUCUGCAUACAUACGAAUAAUGAUGACAAAAGUUGUGAUAGUUGGAGGCAGGACAGAUGCAUGUGACCAAGAAGUGAUCUCAGCAGUCAAGAUGAAUUCUGUAGCUGUUUGGCAGGCAGAACCUCAACUGUUCAGUUUUAAAUCAAUAAAAAUGUAUUUCUAUAGCCCAUAUUCACAAAUCACAAUUUGUCUCAUAGGAUGUAACAAGGUGUGUCAUUCUCUGCCCUUUACCCUAAACAAGUAUAGGAAAAACAACCAAACAAAAAUUAUAUUAAUAUCGGGGGACAAAGCUUUGACCUGGAAGUCAAAUAUCAUCCUGUUAGACAUCAUUAAUCAAAAAUGAAUAUGGACAUGGAAACAAGCAUGAUUAUGCCCAGGAUUACAACAGCAGAUCUCAUUCUGCUCCUAUAAAUCUGUUUACUUGCAUUUUUUGUGGGCUGUAUCAAAUCUAUUGUCGUCGGAGUAAUUUCAUAAACACAAACCCUUAAAAUUGCAGUUUACAUCUUAGUUCAGAUUUCUUCAUUUUUAGACAUUACAAUAAACAACUUGGACCAGCCACAAUGAUUCAGCUCAGGAAAUGUGUGCCCUUCCAAUUCAAAACUAAAUAAAUAUGUGUGAUGCAUCUCCACUUCCUCCCAAUGUAAAAAGAUUAAGACUAAAUGUCUCAGAUACGGCCACUGCCAUCUUGUGCUGGUGACAUCAUUUAGUGACAAGAGUCUGCUCAGUAGUGAUCGUAGAGUGGAAUCUAUUUUGUAUAAAGACAAAUUCCAUGUAGGGAAUGUACAAAUGUAAAAAAAAACCACAGAAGCUGAAAUUAACGUCUAUAAGCAAACAUCACAUAUAUAUCUUCCAUAAAAUGAUACAUUGGAGAGAUAUAUUAAACAAAAUCAUCAUGAUCUUUUUAUCAUCUAAACAAGGCCCAUUAACUGGCAGGAUUUACCAUUCCAAAUAUACUGAAGAUGUUGUAGCAGGGCCCAGUAGGACUGCAGGGGUGUACGUUACUGCCCUCUAUUGCUUUUGUAGUUAAUUUAAUUUCAAGGAAUUAUUUAAGUUGUUUCACAUUCAAUGCAGAAUAGUUACUGCACAUAAUACCUAUAAACAGAUGUCUGACCAUUAUUGAUGCAAACCUAAUCGAACCCUUUCCUUUUUUUUCUCGAAUGUUUUUUAUAAGGUUGGGCACAACUUUAACUCUUAAAAUGGGUUUCAGAUACUUAAAUCCAUCCCUGAUUGACAGUGACAUACUGAUGCCUUCAAGGUCGUACUAUUCAGCUAUUUGACUGUAAUAAAAUAAAACAAUCAAAGGCAAGUAUAUCUGUGCAGAGGAGUCGCCUGUCGUUUUUUCUGAGAUGCCUGACCUCAGGCCACAUGAGAAUCAAAUCCAAAUUGAUCUACCUGAAUCAAAAGUGAAUCAGCAGAAAUUAAGGGAAGUUAACUGAGCUGUAGUGAAAAUUGGAUUUUGUAUAUUUAUAAUAUCAUAAUGCACUAUAUUAGUAUCUGUUUUUAAUCUGUUUACCAGUGGUUGGUUAGUUUCUGGGGCGACUUUGGGUUGUGCCCCGCACAGGCAAAAAAGUCUAUGGUGUGGUAGCUGAACCCCACAGCCCCCAAAGGAGUCUUUGUUCUCCGGGCGACUUGAGGUUUAAACUAUACAAAAGUAGUGCGAAGAGGCCUAUUUAGUUUGAAUCAAUAACGUGUCCUUUGGGAAAAGAGGAGACUCUGUUCGAUUUACUGAUCCCGGAGUCAAGGCGCCGAUAGUUUUAAGAGUGUGUAUACAAGGCGAAAUCAUUUCUGAGUUUUCGUUCAAAAUCCUUUAAGUUUGCCACCACUGAUGUAGUAAAGCAAAAUGUAAGCUCUGAUGCUGCAGCAGGGUUAAUGAAUGUAUAAUGAAUGUUUUUUAUCUUUCAAAUUGAUGUGAAUAUGACAACAAGGGAAACACUCAGUCCACAGCCGAGGUUAAAACUAAACUGGGAAAAAUGAAAAAUUGAACUAUGGCAAAUUGAAAAGCAAAUGAAGUCAGUGAUAAACCGGCAAUACAAGGUGUCUGGUCCGAAGCAAAGCUUUGCUCGAGAAUGCCAGCUGGAGUCAUAAGCAGAUAAAAAUACAGAAUGUUGUGUCUUUAAUGCGGACAUGUGUGAGUGGACUGAUGGUGAAUUUUCAGUUCCUGGGUCAUUUACCCCAGAAAGUUGAUCCAAAUCCGAUGGGAUUAAAAUAACUAGAGCAGAUAAAGAAUAAUGCUACGAUUUCCACAAAUAUCAGUGAUAAAUGUUCCUGAUAAAUGCUGAUGAAUUAUCAAUCAAUCAAAUUUUAUUU